AUGAAAUUUACAUUGAAUACCGCUACUAUUAUAUCGAUACUUUGGGCGUUGUUUCUUCUUGUUAUUAUACAACCAAGUCACGAAUACCUUUAUACGUGUGAUCUAAAUGCAGCGUGUGGAUGUUCAUCGAACUCAGCAUCAGUCAGUCGAAUCAUUGGUGGAGAAACAGCUGGAACAAGUACUUGGUGCUGGGCUGUGUCGAUUUCUAUAGGUGGAAGUUCAUUAUGUGGUGGGUCUAUUUUGUCAAGUUCAUGGAUUCUCAUAGCAGCUCAUUGUAUGAGUGGAGUCUCGGCAUCACAAGUAACUAUCUAUGCUGGUUCAACCACUCGAUUUUCUGGUCAAUCUCGAGUUGCAACUGGAGACAUCAGCAAGCAAGUACGACAAUCACCAACUUCAGAAACGAGAACAUCCAAUGAACCUUUUAGAUCACCAACAACAUCCAAUGAACCUUUUACAUCGCCAACAACAUCCAAUGAACCUUUUACAUCGCCAACAACAUCCAAUGAACCUUUUACAUCACCAACAACAUCAAAUGAACUUUUAACAUCAACACCAUCAAGUGAAUCAAUAACAGAUAGAAUGGAAGUGCCAAAUGAAUCGAUAACAGAUACAAGUGAAGUGCCAAAUGAAUCAUCAUUAGUACCACCUAUAGUGGUGCUUAAAGAACACGAAACCUCAUAUUAUCGUCGAUCUGAUGUUGAAAUAAAGAAUAGAAUAUGUGGAGAAAUUCAAUAUGCCGCAAAACAAGCUCAACUAGCUUUUAAAAUUGCUGAUAUGGCUUUUGAUGAAACAAUUAGUACGAGAAAUUUUUUAAUUGAAGCAACAUCAUCAAUUGGUAAAUUGAACGAAUCAUUAACUGAUUUAUUAAUUUCAUGUAACGAAGAACUUGAACGAAUUCCACUUACGUCAAUAACUAUCGAAGAAUUAAAAUCAACAGAAACUUUUGUGUCUCGUGAUCCAUCAUUAACGAAAGUUUAUAAUGAUCAAGAACUACGAUAUUUAGUUAGUCAAGGUCCAUACCAACCUAUUCUAUUACAGUAUCCGAUUAAUCAAGCAUUUAGGCUAAUUCAUGAUACAUGUCAUUUUAAUCCAAUAUGGUACAAGGAAUUUCCAUUAAUAGAAUAUAGUAUUAUAACUGAUUCAAUUUAUUGUUUUUGUUGUCGUUUAUUUGGCAGUGGACCUGGUACUGAACGAUUAAAAAAUGGUUGGACAUCAUCUGGUAUGAAAACAUGGAAUAAAAUGAAAGCUAGUCAAGGUGCUGGAAAAAGGGGGAAAAUAUACGUGCACAUCGAAAGUGAAGUUCACAAGUCUUCAUUACAACGUUAUUUGAUUUUCAAAGAACGUAAAAAUAAUGUUGAUUAUAUGUUAAAUAAAAACCUACAACAACAAGAACAACAACAGAUCGAACAACAGAAAUCCAAUCAACAAAUCAUUGAAAUGUUAAUUGAUUGUGUACGAUAUUUAGCUCGACAAGGUCUAGCAUGUCGUGGUCAAGAAGAUCAAGAUGGUAAUUUUUAUCAAUUGGUUCAUUUAUUAUCCCGACACAACUCAGUGUUGGAAGAUUGGAUAAAAAAUAUAAAUAAUCGUCCAUAUAAAAUUACUUAUAUGAGUAAAGAUUCUCAAAACGAAUUUAUACAGCUAUUAGGCGACUGCGUGCAACACAAAAAUUUAUGUGAAAUAAAAGAAGCUUCCUAUUAUUCAAUUAUGGCUGAUUCUUCAAUAGAUUCCAAUCGACAAGAUAUGUUAUCUAUAUUUAUUCGUUUUGUCAACAAAAAUGGUGAACCUGAAGAGCGUUUUGUAUCGAUUAAGCCAUUACACUUGAAAACCGGGGACGGUAUUGCAAAUCAUAUACUGGAAGUCUUAAAUGAACUCGAUUUAGAUUUAGAUAAAUUGAUUGCACAAUCAUAUGAUUGUGCUAACAAUAUGAGUGGUGAAUUCAAUGGUGUUCGUGCAAAAAUUAAUGAAAAAUUACGACGUGAUACAAAAUAUAUUCCAUGUUCAUCACAUCGAUCGAAUACAGUUGUUAAACAUGCGUCUGAAGCUAGUUUGGACAUAUUUUCUUUCUUUGGAGUGCUUCAGAGCAUUUAUGUUUUUUUUACAUCAAGCACAAAAAGAUUAGCUGUACUUGAUGAAAAAAUAUCAUCAAAUUUAUUUGCAUUAACACCAAAGCCAAUAUCAAUAAUUAGAUGGAAUGCUAAAUAUCAAUCAAUAAGAGCUGUCUAUGAAUCAUAUGAUGAACUUAUAAAAUCAUUUGGCACAAUAGUUGAUGAUCGUAUUCAUUUUGACAAAGAAUCUCGACAAGGAGCACAUUCUAUUAAUACUAAUUUAACAACAUUUAAUUUCAUUACUUAUUUAGUUUUUAUGAAAAAUUUAAUGGCAAUGACAAAUAGUAUUACAACUCAGUUUCAAGCUGAACAAUUAGAUUUAAUUGCAGCUCGAGAGAUAUUAAUUGAAACAGUUCGACUUCUAGAAACCGAACGUUCUAAUGAGUUUAACUUGAACAAUUUGCUAAUCAUCGGUGAAAAAAUAUCAACUAAAUAUGAUAUUGAUCCGGAUGUUGAAUUUAAUCGUAAACAUCGAGUAAAACGACCACCGAAAAGAUUUGAUGAUAAUCCUCAAACAACUCAUAUACUUUCUCGUACAGAAUACUAUAGAAAGACAUUUCGACAAGUUAUCGAUCAAUUAAUUACAGAAUACAAACAACUUUUAAUGUCUAUGGAUAAAAAUAUUGAGUCUUUAGCAGCAUUAUCUCCUAAGUAUAUCUUGAAUUUUACUGCUACAGAUGCUGAUAAUAUAAGUAAAAUGGUACAGAUUAAUGAUAGUGACUUGUUGUACAGUGAAAUACAAUUAUUCAAGGAGAAAAUAUAUCAAUGUGAAACGAUUCUUAAUGCAAGUAAAUUUAUUCAUGAACGAAAAGCAUCUAUUCCAUUAAUUGCUCAAGCUUACCAAUAUCUUUUAACAUUACCAGUGACGACAGCAAGUGUCGAAAGGUCGUUUAGUAAAAUGAAGAUCGUAAAGAACAGAUUAAGAACUAAAAUGGGUGAUGAAAGAUUAGAUUCAUUACUGACAUGUACAUUAGAAACAUUUAUUUUGGAUCAAUUGAAAAGUAACGAACUAGUCGAAAAAUGGUCAAAUAAUAAAACUGGUCGUCGGAUGCAGUUUGUUUAA